AUUUUCAUAAAUAAUUAUUCAAAUCAUUGAUAAGCAAUAGCAUAUAAUAACAUGAACUAGUUAGUGACCUCAAACAUAUGCUACAAUUUCAUUUAAUUAAUUCAUUCAUUCAUCCCCUUUCUUGAUAGAACAAUGUCAUCUCUAUGUAACCCUUCUCCAUCCUCACCAUCACUACCCCAAAAUCUUCCUCUACGUGAAAUCCCAGGAAACUAUGGUUUCCCGUUCUUCGGACCACUUAAAGAUCGAUGGGAUUUUUUUUAUUUUCAAGGAAGAGAUAAUUUCUUCAGAUCUCGCAUUGAAAACCAUAAUUCAACUGUGUUUCGAACAAACAUGGUUCCUGGCCCAUGGAUUUCCCAUGAUCCACGAGUUGUUGUUCUAUUGGACGCAAAAAGCUUUCCUGUCCUUUUUGACAUGUCCAAAGUCGAAAAAAAUGAUGUUCUUACGGGAACAUACACACCUUCCACUUCCUUCACCGGAGGUUAUCGUGUGUGUGCUUAUUUAGACCCGAGUGAGUCUAACCAUAACUCUUUUAAGGGUCUAUUAUUGUCUCUCCUUGCAUCUAAGCAAGAAGAAAUCAUUCCUCUCUUUCAAACUUGUUUGAAUGAAUUCUUCCUAGAAAUGGAAGAUCAGUUGAAGAAUAAUAGUCGAGUUGAUUGUGAACCACUCAUUGAUAAAAUAUCGUUUGAGUUUGUUUAUAAAUUGUUUUGUGAUGGUAAUAGUCCGUCGGACUUUUUAAUGUCCGAUGGGGCUAAAAUGUUCAAAAAAUGGCUAAUUUGUCAAAUAGGACCCGUGAAAACAUUGGGUUUACCCGUAUUUUUAAACCCAAUUGAAGAUCUCUUACUCCAUUCCGUUAGACUUCCCUUUUUCUUAGUGAAAAAUGAUUAUGAAAAAAUAUAUAAUGCAUUUUACUCAUCAAAAUCAUCGUUCAUAGAAAAAGCACAAAAAAAUGGCAUAAGUAGAGAAGAAGCAUGCCAUAACUUGGUCUUCAUGGCUGGUUUUAAUGCAUUUGGUGGGUUUAUAACAUGGUUUCCAUCUCUAAUCAAGUGGGUUGCAUCCGCAGGGGAAACCCUACACCAUCAACUAGCUGAUGAAAUCAGGACCGUUGUAAAGUCCGAAGGUGGGGUCACUUUGAAUGCCAUCCACAAGAUGACGUUGACUAAAUCAGUGGUUUAUGAAGCUUUUAGGAUUGAGCCUCCUAUACCAUACCAAUAUGGUAGGGCUAAGGAAAAUUUGAUGAUACAAAGUCAUGAUUAUUCGUUUAAGGUCAAUAAAGGGGAAAUGUUAUUCGGAUAUCAACCAUUUGCUACAAAAGAUCCGAAAAUAUUCGAUGAACCCGAAAAAUUUAAAGGGAAUAGAUUUGUAGGAGAAGAAGGAGAAAAAUUGUUAAAGUAUGUUUUAUGGUGUAAUGGAAGAGUGAUUGAUGAUCCAACGGUGGAGAAUAAACAAUGUCCCGGUAAGAAUUUGGUUGAGUUGAUGUCUACGGUUUUUUUGGUGGAAUUAUUUUUAAGAUAUGAUUCAUUUUCCAUUGAUGCGAAUAACUCAAAUAAUUGUGUUUGUUUGUCAUUGAAGAAGGGCGAAUCACUUGAAUAUGAUGUUUAAACUAAUCAAGAUUAAUAAUGUAUUUAUUAAUUUAUGAUCUUAAUUUAUUGAUUAAAAAAUAUAUGGCAUUUAUUGUAUAAUUUUGUUUUUAAUUUUGUGAUGUAGAUGUGAAUUAUUGGUUGAAGGCUUGUGUAUUGUUCUAGUUUGUCGAUUUCUAAGAAGUCAAUAAAGUGUGAUAUCAACUUGAAAUUAUACUAAUUUUUUAUGUUAUUAUUCUUGGGUUU